AAAUUUUGUCUUGAAUUAUCAAAACAAAGCAGCGGUCGGAAAUUACGGAAGAAACAGCAUGCAAACUUUGAUUUAACAUAGAAGUUUUAUGAAAAAUUAAAAUUAAAGCAAUUUUCAGUAGUAUUUCAAUUAUUCGUACCAGAAAGAUGAUUCUAAAUCGUUUAUCAUCAUUAUUUAGAACUCCAGUUAUAAAUGUUCUUGCCAAUCCACUACGGAACACCGCCGCUCAAACAUCUAGACUCUUACCAGUUGCAGCAGUCACACCGGUAAAACCCUACUUUUCUCGUUUUAAUUCGUCUUUGGCAUCAACCCAGCAUAGUGAUACAGCCUUGAAGAAUGUGAAACAGCAGGUCGAGUCGGGCACCGAUGGGAGGCUAUUCGCCGUGGUCCAGCUCUGCGGUAAGCAGUUCAAGAUUACCUCCGGAGAUAUAAUCAUAGUUGAGGGUUACUGGCCACCGACCAGUGGAGAUCAAAUUCGUCUGGAUAAGGUAUUGCUUGCGGGAGGAAAAGAUUUCUCCCUCAUAGGGCGGCCAAUGGUGCCGCACGGGUUGGUGAACAUUAACGCAACGGUUGUGGAGAAAUCGCUUUCUCACACGAAGACACAUUUCCGCAAGAAGCGCAGGAAGCAGUAUAUGCGGAUCAACUUCUAUCGCACUCAGCAGACGAUGCUCAGAAUAAAUUCCAUUGAAGUUAAUUCAGAAGGAUUGAAUAAUCGGAACGAUGGAGGUGUGAAAGAUUUGGAGCGGUUUUAUUAAAGGCUCUACAUUUUUUUCCGUUCCAUUUACGAUGAAAUAGAUUGACAGUUGAAAAAAAAUAAUAA